CCUACCUAUAGUUAUUAGUAUCAUUUGUAGUUUAGUUUAUUCGUUAUGGCAGUUCUGGAGGUUUUUUUUGUGCUUUUAGCACUGGUAGGGCUUGUUUUCUAUAAGAAAAUCAUCAUCCCCAAGCCUGUUGAGGUAGAUUUUGACUCAGACAAAUAUUGGGGCCCUGGAGAACAACCCUUCAAAUUGGACGAGUCAAUUAGAAAGUUUGAAAUUGAUGUUCCCGAUACGGUAAUCCAGGACCUAAAACAACGCCUGAGCAACAUGCGUCCUUUGACGCCACCCCUCGAGGGAAUCCAGCAACAGUACGGCAUCAACAGUAACCUUCUCAAGGAAAUUCUGGAAUUCUGGAGAACGAAGUACAACUGGACCGAGCGCCAGGAAUAUUUGAAUAAAUACCCACAAUAUAAAACCAAUAUACAAGGUCUGGACAUCCAUUUUCUGCACGUUAAACCGCAAAACGUUCCGAAAACCAAAAAAAUUCUACCGCUGAUGAUUUUGCACGGUUGGCCGGGCUCGGUACGCGAAUUUUACGAAAUCAUUCCUCAUUUGACCACCCAGAGCGACGACAGGGACUUCGUUUUUGAGGUGAUCGCUCCCCACAUUCCUGGAUACGGAUUUUCACAGGCAGCCGCCAAGCCCGGACUCGGCGCCAAUCAAAUUGCUGUCAUUAUGAACAAUUUGAUGCAACGAUUGGGCUUCAAGCAGUAUUAUUGUCAAGGUGGCGAUUUCGGUGCCAUAAUCCUACAAUCCUUGACGAUACUCUAUCCAAACAACGUUUUGGGCUAUCACACCAACAUGGCCUACGUAAGCACACCCUUGGCCAACAUUAAAACAGCCUUGGGCAUGUUGUACCCAGGCUGGAUCGUCAGAAAAGACCAUCAAGACAGGGUCUACCCUCUAUGGGAUAAAUUUAUGCACAGAAUACGUGAGACGGGAUAUUUACACUUGCAGGCAACUAAACCUGAUACUUUGGGGGUCGGCGUAGGGGAUUCUCCAGCAGGAUUAGCCGCGUAUAUUCUGGAAAAGUUUACCACAGGCACCAACAUCCAGUGGCAAACUAGAGAAGAUGGUGGGCUGUUGGAAAAGUUCACCUACACAAACUUAUUGGAUAAUGUAAUGAUUUACUGGAUUAGUAAUUCUGCUACGACUUCCUUUAGGCUCUAUGCUGAGAGUUUUAGCACAGCUCACACAGGGCAAAAUGUUCUAAGGCAACCAAUUAAGGUGCCCACAGCUGUAGCGAGGUUUAGAUGGGAUUUCUAUGUAGCCGACGGGCUGCUGGGUGAAAUUUAUCCCAACAAUCUGCAGCUAUCCGAUUUUGACGGAGGUCACUUUGCAGCGUUCGAGGUUCCGGAGGUUUUGGCUCAGGAUAUAUUCAAUGCAGUGGAAAAGUUUUUAGUAUACCAAUCGAAUGUUCAGCAAUAAUUUUGUGUUUUAGCUAUUUUGAGUCAUAAUAAAGUGUCUUUAAUUGAUUAUAAAUGAUGUCUGAAAUAAAUUUCGAAAUAUACUUUUCAACCAUGA